CAAAAAAAAAAAAAUAGAGAGAGAAUUUUGCACAUACCCAUCCACAUUAUGUAACCAAUUCCCCAUAAACAAACCUUCUGUCUUCAAACUUCAAAACAAGAAACCCAGUUUCUACGUGUAGAAGAUACAUAUAUAUCCAUUUUCCCGUCCCAUGCAAAUGCAAGCAUGAAGAUAAAUCUCCAAAACUUACCCUUCACUCUCAAACCCUUCAUCCUUUCUCUCUUUCUCUCACUUUCCUUCUUAACAUUCCUCUCUUUACAAACCCCACGUCACACUAAACCCACCAUUCUCCCCCCGGACCUCAAAAUCCGACCCGGUUACUCAUCAUACAAUGCAUAUAUAAACCUCCAGCUCAACAAAACCCUCAACCCCAAACUCCGAAAAAUCUGGACAACCCGAGACUGGACCCGUAAAGUCCAAGUCUUUUCCAAAUUCUUUGAAAACUUAAAGCUUAGAGGUUUCUUGAACAACCAUUCAAAAGCACUCUGUGUUGGUGCUCGGGUCGGGCAAGAAGUAGAAGCGUUAAAACGGGUCGGAGUUAAUGAUUCAGUUGGUAUUGAUUUAGUGCCUUAUCCACCGUUAGUUAUUAAAGGUGAUUUUCAUUAUCAGCCGUUUGAUGAUCGGAGUUUUGACUUUGAGUUUUCUAAUGUGUUUGAUCAUGCGCUUUAUCCGUUGAAGUUUGUUGGAGAGAUCGAACGGACGUUAAAGCCUGGUGGGAUUUGUGUUUUACACGUGUCGUUAUCUGGACGGACUGAUAAGUAUUCGGCUAAUGAUUUGUAUAGUAUUGGGCCACUUAAGGAAUUGUUUAAGGUGUCUGAGUUGGUUGAGGUGAGGCAAAUUGAUGGAUUUGGAUUGGAUACGGAAGUGGUUUUUAGGAAGAAGAAGUAGAAAAGGAAAAUAAUUUAAUUAUUGUGGUGUUAUCUUCAUUAGGUUUUUAAUUUGGUUUUUUACGUUACAUGUUAAGUAAUUCUUUUAUUUAUCUCAGAUUUCCUUAUAGUUUAUUUGAAUGUUGGAAAAGAGACAAUGUAAACAAUAGAAAUUACACUCUGAUUCAUUUGACGUGGAACUUUUUUUUU